CAAGCUUUACACCUUCCACAGGUUAUGAGACCCGUUUUGCGCAAAAAUCGCUGCCAAUUCGGGAUUCCUUGUCAAUAUAAUCAUUAGUUGAACUACUGCUUCAUUCGAUACGCCCAUCAGGAGUUAAAAUCGUCUUAUUCUAUCAGUAUUGAUGCGUUUGAGAUCUUGAUGAUCAAUAAUACUACUGCUCGCUUAAAAAAGAGGCUUGCAGAAAACGCACCACAUUUGCAAAAAAAAAGCAAGAAAAGAGAACGAUAUUGGCAAGGAUCCAAUAAACGAAUAUCAAGAUGGCGGAUUCAACACGAUCCCGCCCACACACACAUUCGCGAUCUCGCGUCCUUUCCACUGGGUCAGUUGGAGUUGAUGAUGAUUCUUCACACUCACGCUCUGCCAGUGGACAUCCUCCUGGAGCCUUUGAAAGCUCCAUUGUCGAAACACCCUCUCGAUUCGAAGCUGGUUUGAAUACAGCUCCUGACACGGUCAGGCCGGCCCCCCGAUCUACUCGACAGCUUGAUGAAGCUGGUUCUCUUGAUGAGAAUAUUGGACACCCAGAUGUCUACCGUUCGGGCGAGGCAAUAUCAGACCAACAGAUGGAGCAUCUCAAGAUGAUGCUUGAGAUGGACAAGGGGAAGCAAAGAGUCUUAGAACUCGAACUACAACUGGAAAAACUCCGUCAACAGAGAUCCUCAUCCUCCACAGUUCAAUCACAGGAUGUCAACAAUCAUCCUGCCACCACAUCAACAGCCACAUGGAAUCCUAAUCUCAGUGAAAGGUUGGAAUUCAACCUUUAUGAACCGGAUAGCCGUGUUGGCAAGGCAAUCUCCCAAUUCAAGGAAGAUGUCAAGAAUACUACCCAGAACCCUCUACAAAGAGAUGACGAAUGGGCACCAUUCUGGGACGCCAGAAACCGGUGGCUCUACACAUUCAUCUCGAACUCCUUGGGUGCAGGUGUCAGAUCACGUUUCUCCAAGUAUGAUGAAAAUCGGAUCGCUUAUACUCUAUGGAAUGCAAUCGAACAGGAAUACUCUGUCCCCAAAACACAGUUACACCGUGAGGCAGUUCUGGAAUUCAUGUCUCUUGGUGGCACACAGGUCACCAAUCUACACACAUUCUUUGAUAAGUUCCGGUCCGCCAUCACGAAAUUGGAGAUGUUGGAUGCUUCCCCCCCAGAUGCAUGGAUAUUUGAUACCUUCUACUCAGUUCUACCCAACAAUUGGAGGAAUUACGUUCAGAAGAAGAUAGAGGAGAUACAGGAUUCCAAAUCCACAGCUGUGGUAUUGGAUGUUGAUCUUCUCAUGGAGGAAAUCCGUUCGCGGCUUGAUCCUCCAAAAGAUAAAAAGAAUCUGCAGAAUAUAGAUUCUGCGGCCAACACAGCUACGACAGCUACAACGGCCACAACGACUACCAACACCAAUACAUCGAAUUCGGCCCGUGGAGGCCGUACUGGACGUGGUCAUGGUAGUACACAAGGGGGCUCCCGAAACCAUCGGGGAUCGGGAAAUCCACCUACAUGUCCUGAAUGCGAGAGAUCUCACUUUGGCAACUGUUGGUUGGCCAAUCCAGACAGUGCUCCAGAUAAUUGA